GAUUGAAAAAGUAGUUUUAAAAAUCUAGAUUAUACUUGUAUUUAUUAAGGAGGAAAUUGAAAAAUUAAAAAUGAAAAAAAAAAAAAUUAAUAUGCAAAAUUGCAAUUUCUCAAGCUUGGCCAAUAAAUAAAUUAGAGGUCUAUUUUCAACAAAAACCCUGUGUCACCCACACUUGCCACUUAAAUUUUGUGGGAAAUUCGAUUCUCAAAAAACCCAAUUUCUCCAUAAAUUUAAGAGGAUUGAAAGUUAGUUUUCUGAAAUUCAGCACAAAAUAAUCUUGAUUACUUAACAAAGAAGACGAGGAUGUCAAUGUUCUCGGUUGUAUCUUCACCUACCAUUUCUCUUACCCCUUCUUCAUCUUUCAGUGGCAGACUCCUCUUUCUCUCUCAUCCUCCCUCUAAAUCUUUCUUGCUUCUUCAGAAUCGGUUCAAGAGAUGUCAUGUCAAGUGUAGUUAUUCGGGAACAAACAUAGACUACUCCAAUUCUGCUACAAUAGAUGUUACAGCUGAUGUUAAAUCUGAAAAGUUAGUUGUUGUGGGAGGCAGUGGUUUUGUUGGAUCUGCAAUAUGCAAGGCUGCAGUUUCAAAAGGCAUAGAGGUUGUAAGUUUAAGCAGGUCAGGGCGGCCUCGUAUUUCAGAAUCUUGGGUAGAUCAGGUUUCUUGGAUCCCAGGGGAUGUUUUUUAUGCUAAUUGGGAUGAAAUCCUUGUUGGAGCCACUGCUGUUGCUUCAACCUUGGGAGGUUUUGGAAAUGAGGAGCAGCUGAAAAGGAUUAAUGGCGAGGCUAAUAUUGCAGCAGUAACUGCUGCAAAAGAUUAUGGAGUCCCUAAAUUUAUCUUGAUCUCAAUUCAUGAUUACAAUUUGCCACCCUUCUUGCGUGAAUCCACUUACUUCACUGCCAAGAGGAAAGCUGAAUCAGAGAUUCUUUCUAGAUACCCUAAUUCAGGGGUUAUACUAAGGCCAGGUUUCAUAUAUGGUAAGAGAAGGGUGGAUGGCUUUGAGGUCCCUCUUGACUUGGUUAUGGAGCCAUGGGAGAAAAUCCUGAGUGCUACGGAGAACUUUGUUAGACCUUUAAACUUUCUUCCUGCUUCAGACUUACUUUUGGCACCACCUGUCAAUGUUGAUGAUGUUGCACUGGCAGUAGUUAACGCUGUCAGAGAUGAUGGCAUGUUCGGCAUUUUUACAAUUGAUCAAAUUAAGCAAGCUGCAAAGAAUGUGAAGGUGUGACCAAGUGAAUUGAUGCUGUCUCUGCAUCACUGGAUUUAGAUACUGAGUUUAUAGUCUGAAACUGCAGGCUUGUAAUACCAUGAACGAUACUCUUAGGCCUCAUAGUAAUGUACUAAUGUGUAUAUCAUACUGUAAAACUUAAGGAUUUUUUGUCAUUCCUUGGCUGCUAUAUUUAUGCCAGAAAUGACUCCUUGGUUUUUUACUGUAAAUUUUUAUGCCUCCUUUUCUUACAUGUCA